AAUUAAACCUAAAACGGAGGAGAUGAGAGCGAUAAGAACAAAGUGGCCACGGAGAUGGCAGCUGCCUUCUCGACUCGCUCUCGACUUCCACGCGAAUCUAUUCCCAUUCCCAAUCCCCAUCCUUCCACUGUUUCUCUCGGUCAAACCGCCCAGUGCCUUUCUCUCUGCUCAAGGCGGAGCAGUAGAAGGAUCGCCUGCGAUGAGGCGAUUUGCCCAGCCCAGGGUUUGUCGGACCUCCCGAGGUAAAGCGAAAGAGGAAAAAAGAGGAAAGAGAAAUCUCAUGUUCGGUGUCAGAUCUCUGUCCCUCUCUGCCGCUUCAGUUCGUCUGUUUUUUCAGCUUUAGGAGACUGACCCUGCUCAGGGAAGAGCAAGUCGUUCAUUGGUUCGGAAGUUCUCUUUGCUGUGCCGCUGUCUGAUGUGGUUGGGAUCAUGCCUUUUGCGUCUCUAUUUGUAGUUUAUCGUCUAGGCUUUCACCCUUCGUGUUUGCCGAAUUGUUUUUGAUGUAAAGAUGUGGUUUUGCGCUUUUUCGCAAUAGGCGAUUUUGAUUUUGGAGAAGAUUUGCGACAUUACUUUCAAAGGUUUGCGGUCCUCUGCUGCUUUCUGGAGAUUAGGUAUCUUCUCGUUGAUGAAAUUGCUUUAUUUGUUUUCUCAAUUCUAGGAAUAGCUUAACUUUUUUGGAUCUACGUAGUUUUUGUCUUGUGCGAUUCUCGUGGAACCUUCAAACUCGGAUUGUUGAUCUUCAAUUGGACCAAGAAUUGAUUUCCGAGGUGGAAUCCCAGAUCUGGAAAUAACCCUAUUUGUGUUAGCAAAAAAUCUUGUCUGCCAUGGCUGGGUCGGAAGACAAGGUUGGCGUGAUCAAUGACUGGAGCUUUCCAAAUCUUAGCCCAAGGACUUUAAUGUCGAGCUUUUUAAGCGAGGAUUUUGGUUCGAGACCAUUUCCAGAAUCCUUUCAAGGGAAGGAGAAUGCGGAACUUCAUAGAGCACUCGAGAUGGAUCAGGGAGAUAGAAUUACCAAAGUAGAAGAGGACGAGCCAUCAAACCGCCUUUCAUUCGAACCUAAUUGGUCUGGAACGCAUAAGCCAAAUAUGCAUGGAAAUCUUGCUGAGAGGAUAGCUGCUAAUGGUUUUAACGUGCCUAAACUCAAUACUGCUCGCAUUCCGCCGGCUAACUUAUCAUCCCCCUCUGAUAUUCAGUCUCCAUAUCUAACUAUCCCACCUGGUUUAAGCCCCACAUCAUUGCUGGACUCUCCAGUGUUCCUAUCAAAUGCUAUGGCUCAGUUGUCUCCUACCACAGGCAAGCUUCAAUUUUUGCAGGAUAAUAGUGCCCAACCUACCCCGCUCAGAAGUGAUGAUGCACUUGAAGGUGCAUCUGGAUUCUCAUUCAAGCCGCCAUUUAACACAUAUUCUUCAUUUUAUCCAAGUUCUGAAAUAGUUGCUUCAGAUGUUAGUCAGCAGCAAACAAUUCCAAAUGUUGGGUUAUGUGUUGAACUGGGGAAAGCUAAAGAUUUAGCAACUCUAGAAACUGGCACUAUGAAUUUCCAAAAUGAAGAAUUCAGUUUUCAGGCUGAAAAUAAACAUGCUGCCAGUGCUAAUACUUCGAAUCAGAGGUCUGAUUCCUGUAUGGGUAGCACACAUUCUGGGCCCUUUGAUGACCAACAGGAUGGAGAUAUGGAUCUCAAAGAGGAAUUUUCCUCUGUUGCUGUUCCCGUGCCAGCUGAGGAUGGUUAUAACUGGAGAAAAUAUGGACAGAAACAAGUAAAAGGUAGUGAAUUUCCAAGGAGUUAUUAUAAGUGCACUCACCCAAAUUGUCAGGUUAAGAAAAAGGUGGAGCGCUCACAAGAAGGUCAGAUUACCGAGAUUAUUUAUAAGGGUACCCAUGAUCACCCUAAGCCUCCUCCGACGCGUCGAACUGGCUUAUUAUCUUCCCAUCCUUUUACUGACACACAAAUGGAUGUGUCUGAACAGCCUGAUUUUCAAGGUGGUUCUGAUAGCAAACCCAUAUGGGCAAAUACAAACAUCAGGAGUGAAGCCCAUGAUUGGCAAGGUGAUUCCCUGGAAGUUGCCUCAUCUGCCCGUGUAUUAGCUGAAUGUGGAGAGUCUUCAACUAGCGUUCAGCAUGGUCCAGAUGGACCUCAUUUGUCCUCUGACGUGGUGGAUGUUUCCUCCACAAUGUCUAAUGAUAAAGAUGAGGGUGAUCAAGUCACUCAUGGAAGUGUGUCACUGUGUUGUGAUGGAGAGGGAGAUGAGACUGAUUCGAAAAGGAUGAAGUUGGACACCAAUGCUAUUGAGUUGAAUGCAGCUUCUAGAGCAGUCCGUGAACCAAGAAUCGUGGUUCAGACGACCAGUGAGGUCGACAUUCUUGAUGAUGGCUAUCGUUGGCGCAAAUAUGGUCAGAAGGUUGUCAAAGGAAAUCCAAAUCCAAGAAGCUAUUACAAGUGCACACAUCCAGGAUGCAAUGUUCGUAAGCAUGUGGAAAGGGCUGCACACGAUCUGAAGUCGGUGAUCACUACAUACGAGGGCAAACACAACCAUGAGGUUCCUGCUGCAAGAAACAGUGGUCAUGCAAACUCUGCCACCUCCAUUGCUGCAUCCAACACAGCACCUCAAUCUCAUGGUCUACUCCCAAGAGCAGACUCAGCCCAAGGCGGCUUGGUGAGAUAUGAAUGUCCACCUCUCAAUGCUGCAUUCUCACUGCCUGGAGCACAGCACCUACAACCAGCAACCAGCUACACUUUCGGAAUGGCACAAUCAGGAUUGCCGAACCUUGCAAUGGCCGGACUGGGCCCUUUGCACACACUGAGCUUGCCUGUACUUCCUUCAGUUCAUUCUUACCUCGGGCAUCAUCCAGCCCAUGAAGGAGGGUUUGCAAAAGCUAAAGCAGAGCCAAAGGACGAAUCAAUUCCAGGAUCUACACCAAACGGUGCACUGAUAUACCAGACGAUGAAUGAGAUGCCUGUGAGACCUCCCAUGUAAAUAAACACCAUAGAAAAAAAAAUGGAAAAGAUGCCUUCUUCAUCCAUGAGGGAUUUUUAUUUGUUUUUGACGUUUUCCCUUUUGAUUAAGAAUGUAAACAGAUUAUGUUUUACUACUCUUCAGGAAUAUCAAAGAUAUGGUCUCAGUAACAAGCCUUGUGUUGCUAAA